AUGAUCAUGAGCAUCCGGCCUAGUCAAAGAGGAGCACAAGACGCUUAUAUCUGGUUGCCAUCUAAAUCCGGUGAAUACACAGCAAAGACGGGCUAUCAUAUCUCCAGAGCUCUAAAAGAUCCCCCUGCAGAAACACAACAAACAUCAAUCAAUUGGAAUGCAGAUAUAUGGCUAGGGCAUUUCUCUUUGAAAAUCAAGCUGUUUCUAUGGAAGAUCCUCCAAAAGGCACUACCUACUGGUGAGAAUCUUUUAAAUAGAGGCCUUUUCGACAGUACCUGUUGCAUUCACUGUGGAGAGCUCGAAACGACAGAGCAUCUUUUCUUCCGCUGUAAGUUUGCUCAGAAAGUCUGGUCUCUAGCUCCUUUUGCGAAGAACCUUGACCUGUCAACGAUCAUUUUCGACGCCUCCAUCAACGUCCUGAAACGACUCGUCUGCCUACCACCUACUGGAAUCAGCGCCGGACCUCUCUUCCCCUGGCUUUAUUGGACCAUCUGGACAGCCCGAAACCAUUAUCUUGGAGAAGAAACCCCACCAAGCUUCACCAAGAGGGGUAAUCAACGAACUCUCCAUCCGGACACAGUGAUCUGCUUCACUGACGGAGCUUGGAAACAGGACACAGCGAUCGCCGGAGCAGGAUGGAUCUUCACCAACAGAGAAGGAUCGAAGCUUGACUCCGGAAGCUUAGCGGAACCAUUUGCUUCAUCUCCACUCAUGGCCGAAGCCAUUGCCAUUAGAUCCGCUCUGAUCCACGCAUUGGAGAAGGAUUUCCUCCACCUACAAAUCAAAUCAGACGCUUAG